CACGUUUAUGAGAAACUUCCCUGUUUGCGUGCUUCAACUCUUUUCAGCUUCAAAUACUGGGAUUGAAGAAACGACGUCGUUUGGCUGCUGAAAGAUGCCAUCCUGCUUGCUUCCGGUCAGCCUGACAUCAGGAUGAUGAAGAAGACUUGGUGGUGGGUUUUCCUUGUUGGCGGUGUCGUUUCUUCCGAUGUUGCUUGCCACUCUUGAAUCUCCUUUAAUUGACACCUCUCCUUGAUUGCGGCCGACUCGCCCAAAAUGAGGUAAUACCAACCUAACUCGAUUGGGUACCGGUUUAAUUGCUCCAUCCUACUACAAAGAGAAAAAGCCCUAAAUCAGGUACCCACAUAAUUUCUUCUUCUUCUUUUUCUACGAUUCUAAAAAAUCAUAUCUGGGAGCCGGCAUCGCUUAUUUGUUGAUAUGACUUUGUAGGUAUCUCUCUGUUAUAGUUGCCUGCUUGUUGAUCCUGACCUCACGCCAAUGCUGGAGACUUCAAAAUUAAAUGUUUGCAGUUCAUUUGCGUAAUACACAUUUCAAAGGUAGGGACCAAAUUACCUUUCUGAUUGUUGCUAACCCGAUGGACAAAGAGAAAGCAACGAUUAAAAAGUUUGAGUCAGCUACAGAUGGAGGGAAAACAAUAGCCGGGGACUUUGAAACUGUGAGGACCAUAAGGUUAGAAUGUUAUCACGUACAACAUAUGACCAAAGACGAUAGCGAAUACAAGAGAAUUAUGAUGAUGGAUCAGGAAGGAAUGACAGUGACAGGGCUCAUUUUUAGUGAUCAUUUGGAUCACUAUGCAACCAUCUUCAUCCAAUACCACAAGUAUAAUAUCUCCAGCACUACUGUUAUACGAAAUGAUCCUAGCAGACUACAUGCCUAUGCUGAAUCAGAAAAUCUGCAAAACGUUAGGGGUAUUGUCUUACAAUGUUUACCGAGUCAGGAACACGGUGCUGACCUUGUAACAAGACGUGAUAUUAUCAUUAUCAAUGAAGAAAAAAUAUUGUUACAUGUCACAUUGUGGAAAGAAUUUGAUGAACACAAAGGGAGAAUGUUGGAAGCCAUAAGACAACCACCACUGAUUUUUGGUUUAAGGCUAAAAGUCACAACCUUCAACUGUACCUGGACAACAGAACCGGAAUUGAUGAGUUACUACGUAUGGAAAACCAUAAAAAUACUGAACUGCUACUCCCAUAUCCUCCUGAUGAUGUUAUACUUUCCAUUGGGUCGUGACUGCUUCUCCAAACAUUUUCAAGACCGUUUGGAUUAA